UAGCAAGAAUGAUCAUUCGGUUAGACGCCACCUCCAAGACACACGCUACCGGAGCACUCAAGAGACAGCAGAAUGAUUGCGACUGUGUGUUUUGGUCUAAUUUGAGCAAAUGUAAGGAUCCCAUACCCACUGAAGAAAUACAUCUGUACAGUGUGUUUAAGAGUUAAAUGCGAGAACAAUUUCCACCAUGAACAUCGGUUUAGCCUUAUUUCUGCUCGGGUUUCUACAAACGUCAUGUUUCAACGCUGACGUUCAAGUAGCUGAGCUGAAAAAGCCAAAGUUGACCCUCCACACCCUCAACACCCAGUACAUCCUGAGCUGGGAGCAUGAGACAGCUGGCCAGCACGCCGUCAACUUCACCACACAGUACCUGUCGAAGUACAAGCUGAGAUUCAAGAGGAAGGUGGUGUGGCAGACAGUGUGUGUGGGCCCAGAGCACAGCUGUGACCUCACCAGCGUCAAGCUGCACUACCAUGCCAUGUACCUGCUCCGCGUCCAAGCCAGCGCUGACCCACUGCACUCCGACUGGGCCCAGAAAGACUUCUGCCCUGACAUAGACGCUGAUCUUGGCCCACCAUCCAAGGUGGAGCUAUCUCCUGUCAGCAACCUCUUGGGUGUGGCCAUCUCCCCCCCCCUGACCAGUGAGGGGGAAUCUAUGAAGCGGAAUGUUCCUCAGAUGUACUAUCGUAUUCACUAUUGGAGUCGCUUGGCAGGCCCUCAGGGUGAAAGUCUUGCAGUGGUGAACUCUGGGGCUGAGCACGUGACUCUGCCUGGGCUGCAGAGCUGGACCUGGUACUGUGUGAAGGUGCAGUCGCGCUUCGACUACUACAACAAGACCAGCAGCUUCUCCUCCACUCAGUGCAUGCAGACCGAAGGUGAGAUCCCGUACUGGCAUAUCUUCCUGUACUUCCUGGCCUCUCUGGUGGCAGCUUUCCUGUUUGUGCUGGGGUCCUCCUACGUCACAUACAAGGGCUACAGGGUCCUAAAGACCACCCUCUUCCCUUCCAUCCAGCUUCCUCAUCACAUCCAGGAGUACCUCUCUGACUCCCCCUACUCAGACUUGCCACGCCUCCUCAGCCUCGAGGCGGAGGUAGAGCUCAUCUGCGAUAAGAUCAGCGUGUGUCCGGAGAAGGACCUGCUGGAGGUCCACAGCCCUCCUCCCCUGGAUCCAGGCCUGGCAGCGCCCCCCUUAGGCCUGGAGGACGACUGCGGCAGGCACAGCCGGCAGGACAGCGGAGACUCCGGGGUCUACUCCACAGAAGGCGGGUCCGCCCAGAAACGUGGCGGCCACAGCCAGCCAAUAGUUGCCAGGCUGGAUUCCUGGGACGUGCCCCUUUUGGAGCAUGUGAAGAUGGAGGAGAUGGGUGGAGAGCUGCUGAAUGGAGGGGUGGCGGACGAAGGAGUCCUGGACAUGGGCGUCUGAGAGAGGAUCUCAGAGGUCUCUUCAUCUUCAUGGGCCAACGCGAAGGAGGUGUGGUGAAACACAACGUGACAAACUUUAAUGCCAAAAUCAUCCUCGAGCUCGCUGUUAAGCUCAAAGAGCCCUUAGCUUGUCGCUGGCCCUCGCUGGAGUGGUCUAGCUGUGCUUCAUUCUCCCAGAGGGUUUUACUGGAAAAUGUGACGAAACAAACUAUCAGUGUGUGAUAUAUGGAUCAGGGUUUCCCACAGCACUUUGAAGUUUAGGCGGGCGCCUGAGCAACACACGUCUGCCGCCUUAACUAUAUUGUCAAAAAAUAUAUAUAUAUAUCCGCCGUGUUACUGUCCUGUUUUCUCCCUUUCAUUCCAAACUGCCCCCCCCCAGUCUGCCGGCAAACCCCACCCUACCACCUUAACUAACCAAUUUUCUGUGGGAAUCCCUGUGGAUGUAUAUAGUUUCAAAUCACUGACUUACAGGGAUUUGAAGACUUUCUGUCAGAGUUGUAGUCAUGUCUCUUGAAGGGUCGUUUUAUUCUGUAAACUGGCCAUGACCCCCUCGGAUUGACCCAAUCUUGGUUUUAGUUGAACACGUGUAGCUAUUUACACCAUACAUUUGUGAGAAACAUAAGCUAAUUAUACAUCAAUAGAAUUCAUGAUGUGUAAUAGAAUCAAAAUAAUGAAGUUUAAUCCUAUGAGACAAUGACUGGAUUCCUUAUGACCGAAACAAUGGGGCAGACCCCAUCCAAAAGCCUCGCUAAUCACGCAUUUAAAGCUUGAAAUGUAGAGGACUUGAAAUGUAUUUAUGAUCUAAUAGAUCAUUGUUAACCAGACCCUCGGACCCCCAUCCCAGGCCGUUUGUUUGUCCCAACAGAUUCAGUAUCAGUGUUUUAAACAUCUGAAUUGUAGUUUUAACAUUUUAACUGAAAUGCCCUGCCCAAGCUUGGGUUGAUGUCUAAGUUAUGGGAAUAUGAGGGGUAUGGCACUUUUGCAAGAUUGUUUUUACCUGUAGAUUAUGUAUGUGUGAGUGUGUGAGAGAGAGGAUGUGUGUGUGAGGGAGUAUGUGUGGUUUAAUAGCUAUAACCUUCAAAGAAUGAUGCCUUUAAAAAAAAAUUGUGGAGUCGAUAAACUGCAAACCCAGGGUCUUUAAAAUCUUUAAACGUCCAUUUUUGUGCUUCAUGAUGUGUUAUGAUUUUGAGGGGAUUUUUGUUAAAACAUUUAAGUGUAUGAUUCUUGUAGAAUCGUGAAACAUUAUUCUAGUAGUUUUAUUUCAUCGUUGUUUUUGUGUGACAGUCUCAUUUUCGUUGUUUUGGUUCAGUUUUAGCUGGUUUGUCACCUUAAAAUGAAUGGAAUCUCGUUGUUCUUCAGAAUGCUUGAAGCUCUAUCAGUGUAUCAAUGGCCUUUGUUUGUUGACUUUUAAACUUGCAUUGAAUUAAUCAAACUAAACAAAAUAAAUCCAUAAAGCACUUAAGUAGAUAGACAUGUCAAACUAUUUAACAUUCACGCACUUUUCUUGUAUAGUCCAUAAAAAUGCACCAUUACUACACAAGUCUUUUGUUGAGGGAGCACUUGUAUGUACAUGAGUACCUGUAUGUACUUGUAUGUACAUGUAUGUACAUGUACAAGUACUGUGAGGAAGUCUUGCGCACCCAAGAUGUCUUGCAUGAAUAUUGUUUUGUGUAAAUAAUGUCAUCUUUAUUUGUGCAGCACCAUAAAAGUGCAAUUUUG